AUGACGCCUGCGAGCUUCCGGCUGAGCGCCCAGCUGGUCACGCCCCUCUCCCGAGCCCUGUCCGCCCGCCCUGCUCGUCCCGCGUGGCACCCCAAUGCGAGAGGCCCACGCCUGGCGUCCUACAGCUCCGCCGGCUCCUCUUCCUCCAGCCAACAGCAGCAGGAGCGCCCGUCUUCUUCCUGGACCGACGGCGUCGCGGCCCAGGCCGUCUUCGGCUCCUUGGGCGGCGUCCUCAUCCUCGGAUUCGGCGGGUAUCUCUACCACACUUGGUAUAAAUACUCGGUCUUGCAGAAGAUGGCCGUCGCUUUCGAGCCCGGGUACGAUCCAGUGUUGGUCUUGAACAAGGCGUCCGAGCGAGUGCCCCGCAAGCCCGAGCUGUCGCGGCCGAGCUACAAGCCCGGUGUGAGCACGGAGGAAGAUGAUGGGUGUCCGGAGGGCGAGGAUGAAGAGCAGGUGGAAGAGGUGGUGUGGAUUGCCCGGCGGGAGCAGGAGCUCAUCGACCAGAUCAUCCACGGAAAACUUGCGGGACAGUAUUGGCUCAUCACUGGCCCCAAAGGCACCGGCAAGUUCUCGCUCAUUGCGGACGCUAUGACUCGGAACCAAGCCGAUGGGGUUGCGGUGUGUGAAUGCAGUGAUAACUUGGAGAUCUUUAGGCUUCGGUUGGGCAAAUGUCUCAAUUUCGAGUAUGCGGAAGAUUAUAUCGGCGGCUUGUUCUCCAGGAGAGAUCCUAGGGAAGGUGGCCCGUUGGUCGACAUCGAGCGCGCGUUGAAUAAAUUGGAAAAGGUUGCUGUUGAUUAUCACACGAAACACCUGCGGCCAUUGAUCUUAGUUUUCAACAACAUACACCAUCUGCGCCAGGACGAGGGCUCGUACAGUCUGCUCCUGCAGCUGCAACAGCGAGCCGAGUCGUGGUCGCAGGCGGGGAUCGUGACGAUCGUGUUUUGCUCAGACGACCAUUGGCCGUACGCCUCGCUGAAGAAGAACGCCUCGCGGAUGUCGGUCCUGACCGUCAAGGACCUCACCAAGCAGGAGGCCGUCCGCGCCAUCCGCACCGAGCGCAUGAAGCUCUGGCGCGAAGCCCGGCCCGCCGACGAUCCCGAGAUCGAAGCUCUGUGGACGCUCGUCGGCGGCCGGAUCGCUCAUUUGAGUGGCUGCAUGAAACAUAAGGAUAUGCUUCACGCUGCUAAGCUUAUCAUCGAGAGGGAAAAACAAUGGCUUCUAUCUCGGAUCGGCUUGAUUGUUGACUGUGACGAUGACGUCAUGGAUGAACAGAAAUGGGCGUCCGCAUCCUUUCUACUGAUGCAGGCCUUGGUCAAGAAUGCCGAAGAAACCGCUGCAUCGCAGCCCGGCUCUGCACACCACUCGCACUAUCCGAAGGGGAUCCCAUACUCGGUGGCCCGGCAGGUGAUGACUCGUACGGACUUCCUUUCACAAUUAGACCACGAAAAUAUGAUCUCUAUCGACACUGAUUAUCAUAUCAAGCCCAACUCGAUCGUGCUCUUGAACGUGAUCAGGGAGCUCUGCAGCGAGCCGGAUUUCCAAGCGCGAUUGGAUAGCGUGUUGGAGCGCAUUGGGGAUAUCGAGAGUCUGGGCCGGACGAGGGAGCUGCUCUGGAAAUCGGGCAAGGAUGGGCAUGGGGUCAUGAAUAUCAAGAUCGAGGACCGGCGACAGGUGUGA